AAGACCAACAACGCCUAGGCUGCGACCUGUACUGCACGCCAUGGCAGUCCUCAGCCGCUAGCACCACCUUUCUUCUUCCUCGUCUUCUUUUCUUGAACUUCUCUCCGUCUCUUUUUAUUGUUCUCUGUGGUAGCUCUCACGACUGCCAACAAACAAUCCCCACGCCUCGUUACCAUGGACGCAGGCAGCCUCCACCAGGGCCUUGAGGCCGAUGGCUUCUCCUCUGGCGGUACUGGGGCUCGUUUUGCACAUGCAGUCAUCAUAGUAGCCGGUGUCUGCGCCCUCGUCGCAAGUCUGGUCACUGUCGUUGCUGUCUGGUUACAGACGAAGAACUACAGGAAGCCAGUGCUACAAAGAUAUGUCGUCCGUAUACUGCUCAUGGUCCCAAUCUACUCGGGCGCAUCAUGGGCCAGCUUGGUCUCAACCACGGCAGCAGCCUACGUAGAGCCCUUCAGAGACGUUUACGAGGCCUUCACUAUCUAUACUUUCCUCCAACUGCUGAUCAACUUCAUUGGCGGCGAGCGAGCUCUUAUUAUCCUCAUGACCGGCCGAGCCCCCGUCUCCCACCUAUGGCCGUUGAACCUAUUCUGUCCCAAGAUUGACAUCUCCGACCCGCACACGUUCCUUGCUAUCAAACGGGGUAUCCUUCAAUACACAUGGGUCAAGCCGCUGCUCUCGGUGGCCACCAUUAUUAUGAAAGCCACGGGCACAUACCAGGAAGGUUAUAUUGGCUUAACUUCGGGCUACUUCUGGAGUGGCAUGAUCUACAAUGUCAGCAUUACAAUCAGUCUGUAUGCGCUCGCCAUGUUCUGGGUCUGCAUGUCCACGGACCUCAAGCCCUUCCGUCCCAUGCCCAAAUUCCUGUGCAUCAAGGGCAUCAUUUUUGCUUCCUACUGGCAGGGCUUUUUUCUUUCCAUCCUCGUGUUUCUUGGUGCUAUCCCGGAUGACGUUGCCGGCUACACUCCUGACAAUCUAGCUGCUGCCAUCCAGGAUGCUCUCAUAUGCUUCGAAAUGCCUCUCUUUGCAGUGGCUCACUGGUAUGCCUUCUCCUGGCACGACUAUGCCGACUCAACCAUCUCGGCCGCAAGGCUGCCCGUCAAGUAUGCACUGCGUGAUGCGUUUGGUCCUCUCGAUCUCAUACAGGACACCAAGGAAACUUUUGCGGGCAAGCAUUACGAGUACCGGUACUUUGAUGCGCGUGACAAUGUACUUGCACACGAGGAAUCUUCAUCAAGAGCAGCGCGAAUGGCAGAAGGAAUGCGCUUUGAAAGAGGAGGCAAGGGCAAGUACUGGAUUCCAAAGCCUGGACAAGGCUCAGAGCAUGAGCCUUUGCUUAGCAAAGUCACGUCAAGUCGCGCUCGAGCAAUGAGCCCUGGACCACACAAAGCUCUCAAUGGCGAGGGUGCCAAGUACGGAACACUCGACGUUAUUGAAGAGCCCGAACUAGACGCCGAUGAAGAACGACUGUAUGGAAAUGCACGUGAGCUGGAGUUUGGAGAUUGGAAUUACCCCGUCAUUGAAGCGCAUCGACCUUCACGCGAAGACCGCUUGUACGCGGAUCCCAACAUACUGACUGCAUCCACCAACCGCAAUCUACUACAACCGACCAAGGACCACAAACGAAGGCGGAAAAGCCAGAUUAAGGAGAUCCAAUCGUCUGUGGACAAGGGCAAGCAGCGUCGGGGGUCGAGUGCAGCAGGGUCUUCACGGUCAAAGUCGCCACAUUCCAAAUCACACGCGCCCUUUAGCCACCUUUUGCGUCAAAAGUCAUCAUCGUCGAGCUCUGGCAAAUCGGACCGGACGCAGCUUGUGGACUUGGUCGUUGAAGAUCGCCAAGCUGAGGAGGUGGAGCGGGUGCGGGCACGCAAGGAAGGAGGCCCAGGAUGGAACGAAGUUCCGGCAAAGCAUUUUGUCCACACGUAUCCCAAGGAAGGUGAGACGGAAGAGGUGCGAGAAGGCUUCAACCCUGAUGAGGCGGAGGCACACAAUCCCGAGGUGGAGCACAACCUGAAUCGGCCGUUUGCUGUGGAGGAGCAAAGCGAGGAGGAGCAGCGGGAGCAAGACAUCAAGCCGCACGUGACGAGCGAGGCCAAUCAUUGGGAAACGCGCGACGUCAGUGAGCACAAUGAAGAUGAGGAGGACCGGCUCAGCCCGUCAUAUGGUAGUUUCAGAGAGGAGCGGAAUGCUUGGAGCCAGAACUAAGGGCGCACGUCACUUGUUCCACACACGAGGCAUAUGCCGGUCGAUCUUGUUUCAUUCCAGGGUCGGUUUGGGCAUGGGGAUAGGUGUUGUCGGCUUUGGUGGGUUUUCUGUUUGCUUUAUACCCGAUGUUAAGUUCGGUGCGCAUCAUACAUAUGCUUUGAGCGGUGAGUUUCUGGGGUUGGGGAGUCAAUGGCGUUGAUGCAAUACAUGAUUGAAGCAGCCUGGUUCAUGUCUCGACACGUGCGGAGGCUUUGUGGUACAGCUGUGCAUAGGUCUCGGCUGUCACCCAAGCAUUGGAUUCAGUCAUUGCAAAUGCAGCACAGGCGUUUUCCUGAUUGA